AUGGCUAAGAAUCGGGAACCCGAGAAGCCCGUCGAAUCCGAAACGGAAUCCGGGGAGGAAGAAGAUGACAUAGCUACUUCUGAAGACGCUGGCUCGCAGGAUUCCGACUCCGAACCCGAUCUGGCGCAAGUUAGCAAAAAGCCCUUAUCCUCAACACAGGCAACUCCCAAGAAAGCCCAACCUCAGUCCUCCUCUAAACCCCAACCGCAGCCGCCUUCAUCCUCUGAUGAGGAGGAGUCUGGAUCUGAAUCGGAGUCAGAUUCCGACGAACCAGACCCGAACGUCAAGCCCAUAGCAUCCAAGCCCAUGGAAAAUGAACAGAAAUCCAGUGACGGCGCUAGGAAGCUCAGAUCCAAGCCCAUUGCUUCGGAUAUCGUAACUCCUGCUAGAUCCACCGCCGCAAAACGCCCUGCCGAAGAGAAAGAAACGGAGACUAAGGAUGCUAAGAAGUCGAAGAAAAAGGCCGAGCCCGACACUUCCGAGAAAAAGUCUACUGAUGAUUCGAAGAAAUUGCUUUUCCAGAGGCUUUGGAGUGAGGAUGACGAGAUUGUGAUUUUGAAAGGGAUGAUAGAUUAUGUGACCAAGAAGAAGUCCGAUCCGGUUGCUGACUUGAAUGCUUUUCAUGAUUUUAUUAAGAAGAAUUUGCAUGUGGACGUGACUAGGACUCAAUUGCAGGAUAAGAUUAGGAGGCUGAGGAGGAAGUAUGUGAACAAUAAGAGCAAAGAGAAGGAGGGUAAGGAUAGGACCCUCUCGAAGCCACAUGAGCAGAAAGCUUACGAGUUGUCCGAGAAGAUUUGGGGGAAUGAGAGUGGGAAAGAAAAUGGGGUUGAAAAAGUGAUGGGAAGUCCGAAAGUGAACGGUAGUGCACUGAGGAAGACUCCAAGCAAGAGGCCUAACACGGGUGAAAAUGAGGAAGCUAAGGAUGUGAAGAGUGUGGAGGUUGUGAAUAGUGAUCCGGAGAGGCUGUUGCCAGCCAAGCGAGUGAAUUCUGGUGGUGUGACUGUGGAGGAGAGGAUUUUGAGGAUUGGGGCAGAGUAUUUUGAAAGCGGAAAAGGGCUCGAGCGGGAAAAAGAAUGGAAGAAGCUGAGUGUCGAGGAGAUAGAGGUCUACCUGAGGCAGUUGGAGGUGAAGACUGCACAGGCAAAGCUUGUUCUGGAUGCUGUGAAGUCCGGGGGUCACUGA